AAUUGCCGUUUAGCCGCCGUUUGAUCUGCCUGCCUGAAUCAUUGAUGUCGCAUAUCUAUACUUCAGGCAGCUGCAACAUCGUGAGCUUGAGAAACGGUUUGCUGGUACCUCCUUGACUUGCAUACCUCAACUUUACUCGCGUCCUCUCACACCACCAAUUCACACAAUGGCUACCGGUAUCGCCCUGGUAGGAAGCGGGAUUUUUGUCAAAGAAGAGCACCUCCCCGCCGUCCAAGCAACACCUCUUCUCAGCCUGAAAGCUAUCUACUCCCGCUCUCUCAAGUCCGCAAAGUCAGUGUCCGAGCACCUUUCAGACGUGGACCUGUAUAGCGAAGAUUCAGAGGGUAAGACAUAUGACGACCUCCUGAAACGAGACGACUUGAAGGGCGUGAUCAUCGCACUUCCCAUCCUCGCGCAACCAGAAUACAUCAAGAAAGCCCUCGCAGCAGGCAAGCACGUCCUCGCCGAAAAGCCCAUCGCAAAAGAUGUCCAAACCGCCCAAGACCUAGUCGCCUGGGCCUCCAACACCUCGAACACUUCCGCCACAUACUCCGUCGCCGAAAAUUUCCGGUACCAAGACUCUUUCCUGUACGCUCACGAACAGCUGAAAUCGCUGGGCCGCAUCCUCACCUUCCGGAGCCGUGUGAGCCUGUUUGUGGCGCCGGGCGGCAAGUACUUUGAGACGCCAUGGCGCAAGGUGCCCGAGUAUCAGGGCGGGUUUUUGUUAGAUGGCGGUGUGCAUUUUGUUGCUGGGACGAGGUUGCUGCUUGAGGGUGGGGGCGAGAAGGUUAAGAGGUUGAGUGCGUUUACGGCGCAGUUGCAGGAGCAUUUGCCGCCUGUUGACACACUUCACGCUACUCUGCAGCUGGGCUCUGGCGCAUCGGGGACACUGAGCAUUUCGUUUGGUACGACGGAUAGUGGGGGCGACUACGUCGUUGCCAGCGAGAAGGGAACAGUGACUGUUACGAGGAGUAAGGUCGUGGUCAGUAAAGACGGAAAGGAUGAGACGAUGGAGUUCCCAGAGGAGGGCAGUGGCGUCAAGCAAGAAGUUAAAGCGUGGGCUGAAGGAUUGGCACAGGGGAAGCCGAACGAGAGGCAGAGCCCCAAAGAGGCUUUGGAGGAUUUGAAAAUUCUUGAGGCGGCGCUGAGGAGCGGUGAGCAGGGUGGAAAGCCGACUGAGAUCUAGAUACCUAGCAGAAGAACGAUUUAAGGACUUAACUGACC